AUGGUUAAGGCACUUCCACUUCCAAUUCAAAAUAUAAUUUUUGUGCCUAAAAAUCAGCACUUGGAGAAUCUGAAGAUGGAGACAGAAUUCUUGGAUCAGGUAUACAAGCUGGAGGAGAAAUAUCGGCUCUUCGUGAUUCUGCUAUUCUCAAAUUCGGGCGAUUUUACAAUUGGUCACUUUUUGCGUGUCAGAAUUAUUCCAAAGGCGGUGAUUUUUACUGGUGACAUUGUCGAUGAUGAAAAAUACCGGUAUUAA